AAUUCUCGGCGAAUGCGAAUUUUGCAAGCUAUGUACAGAACUAAAUUACCAGCGACUGAUUUGUUAGCUUGUCAAGGACUGUCUUUUGACAAUUUUUUUUAUUUUGUUUCUUUAAGCCGCACAAUACAAAGCGAAAUUUAACGAAUUUGAUGACAAGAGCAAAGCAGAGUUACUGAAAUUAGGAAUGGCUUUCCAUGCAUAUGAUAUAGUAAAGAAGAUGAUUUCACCAGACUCGGAUUAUGCCUUCAACUUUGCAGUAAGUAGUUCUCUAUGAAAUAAUUUUAGCAAACGAUUUGCUUAUGUUUUGAAUCGAUUUCGAACAGAGAUUGAUAAAUAUCUGCGGUUUUCCCCAUUCUAAUAAGAAGACUUCACUCGACAGACCUUAUUCACCGACAAUUCCGCUAAUAACGCAUCUGCGAAUUUUUUGAAAACAGAAGCUAAGAAAACAUAAUAUUGUGUCAUUAGCAAACCUAGUUGUUAUUACAAGUUCCACUUUAGUCUACUUUGAAGUAUUAUAUACUGCUUCACGCAAUCACAUUUAGUGUGAAACUAAUUUUCGAACUCGCUCUUACUCUGCUUACACUCCCUCACACUUCAGGCUUGCACAAACAGCCUUGCAGGAUUGGCAAUUAGAUCAAGCAUUAUAUGAUGCAAUACGAUUUGAUUCUGUUUAUUUUGCUGAUUUACUCGUUGAACAUGGUGCAAGUUUUGAUAAUUUAGAAGGCAUAAUUUCUAUGAAGGAACUAUAUGAAAAUCAUGUUCGUAUUAGAGGCAUGUAUAAACGUCUCCCCUGUGGACGAGGGAAGGAGAAUCCAUCACAAGAUGAUUAUUAUAGGGACUAUUUCCCUGAUACAAUGGUAUAUAACAAUGGAUGCUAUUAA